AUUUCGUAUUGGCCGCGCCACUAUGACGACGAUCAAGGAAGUCCAGACAACGUUUCCUUUGGACCUGGGUUACACCCGCGUGUAUCUAUGCCGACAUGGCGAGACAGACUACAAUGUGGCGCUUCGGUUCCAAGGCCGCGGUAUCGACAGCACGCUGAACAAGCAUGGCGAGUCGCAGGCCAAGAAGCUAGGGCUGGCGCUUCAAGAUGUACCUUUGGAAGGUCUGUAUUGCAGUUUCCUCGUGCGCGCCAAGUCGACCGCCGCCGCGAUCGGGGCACAUCACAACCUCGAACCGGUCGUAGUGGAUGGACUGGAAGAAAUGUACUUUGGCACCUGUGAAGGCAUCAAGCUAGACGACUUGUACGACCUGUGGAAGUCGACAGUCAAUGCGUGGGUUGAAGGAGAUUUGCAUGCGGCGUGGCCGGAUGGCGAGUCCCCCGUGCAAGUGGAGAAGCGGGGACGAGAAGCCCUCUUGGGGCUCCUCACUCCCCAGGCGAAGCAUGUUGCGCUCGUGUGCCAUGGUCGAUUCAACAAACUCCUGUUGUCGUCGCUGCUGUACGGCGACAUGACCAAAGUCGAGACCAUCACGCAAGACAACACGUGCAUCAACGUCUUGGACUUCCACCACGAGACCAAGACGUUCACGCCGCGAUUUCUCAACUAUACCGAGCAUUGGAGUCUUACUUUGGACGAGUAGGAGCGGUUCCUAAUAUGACAACAAGCUUGGUUGCAUGCAUGGGUGGC